UGUGAUUCGGAGAAGCGGCUUCAUUUUUGCCGCAGGUUUUUGAGUGUCAUGGACAUCCAUUCAAUUCUUUUUACCGAUGAGGCUGCUUUCCCUUUGCACGUUGCGGAGAAUCAACAGUUUUGGGCAACGUGUAAUCCACGUCGAUGCAGCGUUUCACGUAUACAACAUGGCGCAAACCUCAUGGUAUGGGCUGGGUUAACUGGCCAAAGAAUCGUGCGACCAUUUUGCUUUUUCGGUAAUGUGAACGGUAGGUUGUUGUUUCGCAGUACUAAUGCCUUACGCUUUCUAGCAUCCUCGUACAAGGAAAUACUGGAAAAUUGUGCCAUUCCGGAACUGGAAGCCGCUGGGUUAUUAAGUACCGUUUGAUUGCAACAAGAUGGCGCACCUGCACACUAUGCACAAACGGUGCGGGAUUUUCUCAAGCAGACGUUCUCUUGCCGUUGGGUCGGGCGGGGAGGACCUAUAGAGUGGCCUGCUCGGUCAACAGAUUUGAACCCUUUGGAUUUCUUCCUCUGGGGUUACUUGAAACAGCGUGUUUACAAAACGAAGCCAAACUCUCUUGAGGAAUUGAAGCGGAGCAUUUUGCAAGAAUGUCGCG